UGUUUCGUUCAGUGCGUUUUUGCAUUUCGUACGUGAAGGUUGUGUUUUCCGCUUAGGAAACGCUCGUUCAGACUUUUGUGGAAAUCAGUUGAAAGAAAAAUAAACAAAGAAAUAAAUUAAAUACUCUACAAUAAAGUGUUUUUUUUUUGAUGAUUAUUAAACAAAUAAAAAAUGUACAUAUUUUGAAAAGAAAUCUACAAAAGAAGUAGAGUUGUAAAUUAUAUGUGUGAAUGACCAUUUAACACAGAAAAUAAUGCAAUUUUAAGAAAAUUUUCAAAAAAAGUGGCAAGUAAAUUGGAAGUUAAAGAAAAAUUCUGUUUCGUAGCAUAUAAAAUUUAUGCAUACCUGGUGCGCGAUAGUGGUGCAUCACAAUUCAUUUUAUGUAUAUAUACAACAACAACAUAUGAAUAAAAAAUAUACACUGUGCAUACAUAUGUAGACGUGUGUUUGUGUACAUGUGCGGCCAGUGAGUGAGUAAGUGAGUGCAUGUCACCAAAUGAAGCAAACAGAAAAAAUAAACAUUUAAACUGAAAAAAUUAUCAAUGAAAAAAAUAAAAAAAAAACAAAAUUAAUUUAUAAAAGGCGAACAAAAGGCAAUAGAGAACAACUACAACAAUAAUAAUUUAAUACCACUGAGCCAAAUGGGCCUGCUAGACAGCAACUACAUAGAAAUAUGUACACACUCCCAUACAUUCUACUCAUCUAGUUAAUAACAAUAAAAGAUGAGAAUAAUAAUAAUAAUAUAAAGAAGCAGAAAUAGAAGAGUAGUAAAGAAAAUAAAUAAUAAAGAAACAAAUCAAGCAGCUGAUUAGCUUUAAACAAACAUCCAUACAUACUUACACAUUUAUGUUUAAAGUGGUUCAUUUAAAAAAAAUAAAACAAUUUGCAAAGAAAACAAUAAUAAAAAAAUAAACAAACAAAAAGUUAUUUAAAUAAUUGUAUUAAGGAAAAAAUAGUGGAAAAAAAUUGACUCCUAGCAGUUGUUGUGAAAUAAAUAUCCUUAAUAAAACAAUAUAAAACGUAACGGAAAUUAAAUCAAAUUAACUUGAGCUGCUGUGCUUCCCACCAAUUUGUUAAGCCUGCAAUUGCCUGGUCACCAUUGGCGGCUGUUCAUAGCUUGGGGAUCACUGAUAAACAACCUAUGCUCCUGGUUCUAUACAUGUAAAGGCUUAUGUAUGGCAGAUUUACUAGUGCACUAAAUGACAGUUUAUAGAGGAAAUUUAAUUUCGCUAAAUAAUUUAAAAUAAUACAACAACAGAGGAAAAAUAAACGUUAGCCGGGUUUGUUGUUGUUGCUGGUGCUGUUGAGCCGAGUGUGUGUUUAGCAAAACGCUGUCCUUUUGACACGUCCCCACGUUUUCCAUAAACAUAAAUGUACAAGGACAGUAGCUGCCGUAGCAGCCCUCAGCCACCACCAACAACGACGAACGUCGCUGAAAUUGCCACGGAGACAGGAGUAGCAGCUACAGCCGCAACAGCAGCAGCUUCAACAUUACCCCUAGAUAACCCACCAAUCCAUGCCCACACUGCCACCUUAGAAGACGACGAAGAGGACGGCUUCAGUUGUCCCUCUGAAUCGAGCAGUGACACCGACUACGAGGUACGUUCACGACCCUCUACUACAAGCACAACAUCUACAUCUUCUUCCUCAGCGGCAGCAGCAGGGCCUGCAGUUGGAGCACCUUGUCUGAGACGACAGAAACGUACCACCGCCAAUUCGGCCCCACGUUGUCACAUUAACUCCGAUGUGCGUCUUUUGCGCAAGAUCGGUUAUAUUGCUUCGCGCGUGCGUUUUCUUGCCAAAAUCUAUGGUGACUUCAAGCUGGUAAAUCCCUAUAGUCCGGCCAAGCAGAAACGUUUAUUGCAGGAAAUCUUACUCAAACACUCGAUAGUGGAUCCCGAACGUGAAUUGGCCAAAAGUGAGAAUUUAAAAUUGCGCUCGGCCGGUGGCACUUCCUCAGUACGUAGUCUUACACCAGCCAGUUCCAUAGCCAGUAGUUAUUGUUGCCUGCCCCAAACGGAGAGUUCAUUCGAAGACGAUUCGGUAACCGGCACAGUGCGUCGCAAAUCUUCUACAUCGGCCACAACCUCAGCUUCAACUUUCUUACUAGAAGACUUAUUAAUACAAUUGUAUGAAGAUCGCCGCAACAAGGUCACCGUAAUACGACGCAGACGUAGUAGGCGCAGCAGUGCUGGGGCAGUGGGUGGUACGUCCAAGCUACCACGCAAUCAUUUGAUCAUAAUGAGCAGCAAGACAACCAGCAGCAGUGUUGAGCGUCUAUUACAACUAGAUAACGAGGACGAGGGUGGUGGCGGAGGUGUUGGUGUGGGCGUUAUUGGUGUUACAGGCAGUGAAAGCUCGGAUAGACUUACCAAAGGUAAUCAUAUAUACAAUGCAAAUAUUACAACUUCUAGUCAGCCGCAACAGCAGCGCAGUAGUACGGCAUUUCUUCAGCCCAUACCGGGGGAUGAGAAUCUAAAACGUCGUCGUGCCAGCGAUUGUACACCCUCUCAUCCGGGUCAACCCUUAAGUAAUCAAUUGCAGAUUACUUUAAAAAAUAAUAAUUGCACAAAAUUUCCCUUGCACCGUGGCAGUUGUGGAGCCGCCGGUGAGCAUUUAUUAGCAGCCAAUUCUAUAGCCAAUCGUCAGACUUUAAUACUAAGUAAAUCAUGUGGUAAUGUGGACGCCAGUUUGGGCAACAGUAAUCCUGCUCUCUAUGGCAGUACAGAUUUGCGUAAUUUAAGCGCAAAUGCUGGAGGUGUUGGAGGUAAUGGUUCUGUCACAACGACUACAAAUAAUAGUGCAGCUGGUGGUGGUGGUGUGGGUGGAGGCAUAGGAGGUGCAACAACACAAACCAAUGGCAACAACGAGUACAGUAUUGUUCAAUUAAAUAACACCAUUAUACAGUGUCAUUUCAACGAUGAAGACUUUCGUGCUCUGGUUAAGGAUCUUAAGCGUAAAGUCGAAUAUACCGAGCGCAUGAAUUGGUUAUGUCUUUCUAAACGUCCCAUGGGUCCACCGCAUCGUAAAAGUAGUUUACCAAAGCAUCAGGAGGUUAAGAAACGUUUUUUGGAAAUUUGCGAUACCAACUUUUCGGAAGAGGUGCGUCAUGCUUUACGUUUUCCCGCCUUCGAUUCCUAUGACUGGGGUGAUGCUGAUAUCAUACAUCUAAUGCAAACUAUGUUUAUCGAAUUAGGUUUUAUAGAGAAAUUUAAUCUACCCAUCGAUACUUUGCGUGAAUGGCUGUACGAGGUGUACAAACACUACAAUGAGGUGCCGUUUCACAAUUUUCGUCAUUGUUUUUGUGUGGCGCAAAUGAUGUAUGGCAUAACACGUCAGGCCAAUUUAUUACAACGUUUGGGUGAUUUGGAGUGUCUAAUUUUGUUGGUAUCCUGUAUUUGUCAUGAUCUCGAUCAUCCUGGUUACAACAAUAUUUAUCAAAUAAAUGCUCGUACAGAAUUGGCUUUACGCUAUAACGACAUAUCGCCUUUAGAAAAUCAUCAUUGCUCGAUAGCAUUUCGUUUAUUGGAACAUCCAGACUGUAAUAUUUUUAGAAACUUUAGUAGAGAAGCAUUCAACCAAAUACGUGAAGGCAUUAUACGUUGCAUUUUGGCUACUGACAUGGCACGGCACAAUGAGAUCUUAACCCAAUUUAAGGAAAUUACGCCUGUGUUCGACUAUUCCAAUCGCGCUCAUAUUAAUUUACUUUGCAUGAUUCUCAUUAAAGUAGCGGAUAUUUCAAAUGAGGCUCGUCCCAUGGAUGUCGCCGAACCUUGGUUGGAUCGUUUACUGCAGGAGUUUUUUGCCCAAAGUGCGGCCGAGAAAUCAGAAGGUCUACCCGUUACACCCUUUAUGGAUCCCGACAAGGUUAGCCGGCCUGGUUCGCAAGUUCGUUUUAUAGGCUUAGUGCUAUUGCCGCUAUUUGAAGCAUUGGGUGAACUAGUGCCCGAACUGAUCGAUUUUAUUAUAGUUCCUGUACGUGUAGCUCUAGACUAUUAUAGACGUUUAAAUGAUGCUCAAAACAAGUCGCGCAAAUCGGUGGCCGAUAGUAACUCAGCCGUGGCUUCCGAGAAUACUAGUGGCGGUUCUGAUGCUAAUGCCGCUUCUACUAGCACUACCGGUGGUUCGUCUGGUGGUGGGGGUACUAAUGUCGGUACUUCGGGUACUGGCAACUCUGGCGGCAGUAUUUCACCCCAAAUGCCACGUUCUCAAUCGGGCAUUAGUGUGAAGUCCCGCCGGAGUAUACCCUCCCAAAAAUCAGCCUCACGUACUUCGGUAGAUGAGCCUGGUGGCAUGCCAGCAGAAUUACACGAUUUACCCGAGGGCAGUGAGAGUGGUGAUUCCGAGACUGCCACAGAAGUAGAUGUGGCCGAGAAAACUUCCAAGUUUAAGGUAGAUACGGAAGGCACCAGCAAUCGUUCCAAAUCAUCCGCCUCACGUAAAUCGUCGCGAGAGAAACGACCCUCCAUGAUUGGAGAAAUGUGCAGCAGUGGCAGUGGGCAAAGAAUACGCAACUCUUAUGGCAACAUACAUGGCUACCACUCCAAUCGCAGCAAUUUUGGCUCUAAUCGAGCCGUUAGCCUAGAUCAAUAUAGCACAAAUAAUCGUCGUUUGUCGGAUGGUUUGCAACAGGUCAUUUCCGAUAGUAAUGUCUUUUAUAAUCGCCAUAAUCGCGGCAGUUUAGAGGUGUCCUCAGUCAAUUGUCGUGUGGUAGAGGAUAUGAACAUGAAUGCCACUGGAAUUGUUACAGUUUCUCAAGCCUCGGCCAUAGCUACGGGUCGAGGGGGAAUUGGUUCGUUGCAGCUAAAUACUUCCCAAAUUGUGCCAAAUAGUGAAGGUGCCAGCACCAGUACUGUAACCUCACUACAUGCAACCACCGCUGCUAGCCAAGUGGUUGCAUCACACUCUACAGCCAACACCACUGCCCCAGUCACUCAACAAAACAUCAUGUGCAUUACGUCUUUCUCCAAUGGCAACAUAUCUCCUACGCAGCUGCCACAGUCGCGCCAGCACUGUUGUGCCGCUGCGGCGGCGGCUGCAGCAGCCGCUGUAGGCAAUAAUGGUCAAAAUGGUGUGGGCUCUAGUGCCACAGAUAAUCCCGCCGCUUCUAAGAGUUCGUGGAAAGCACGUCUUAAGCAAUUCUCGGACUAUUUUAGUUUUUCUUUCGACAAGAAUUCCAAACGUUUUAGCAGCACACGCAGCAGUCCUUGUUCGGUACGCAAUAACAAUGGCGGCCAUGGCAGUAUAGUGGACACCAGCACCACUUAUAUAGAUCCGUUAACGGGUAAACCAACCGCCAUGUGUUGCACAAUCUCCAAUAAUUUGCAAUCACCCGGUCUAAGGCAGAAACAUGUUUCCCACCAACAAGAAAUAAUAUCUGCAGGGCGUCAUCGAGCUUAUAGUCUGGAUGUGCCCUGUAAUCGCAGCAAUCCGCGCUAUAGCAGUAGCAGUGGCGGCGGUGGCGACAGCAGUCGCAAGUCUUCACGCCACGAUGGCACAGCCACUGGGGAUGAAAACAAUAGCAACAAUACGCUUCACAGUAGUAGUGGGGCUGGUAGUGAUAUGCCCACCUGUAUGCCACCACCCAUACGCAUUGGCAGUGUAGAUGCCAGCGAUACUAUAUUAAUAGGUACUGGCGGACUAACGACAGCUUUAACACCUGCAAAUCUAGUGGAGGCUGAACCCAGUUUAAGUAUUGAUUUGGGUAUGCCCAGUAAUUCAUCGUCGGCCGAACCGCCGAAAAUUUGACAACGCGGGAGCUCAGAGACGACCACAAACUCCUCGAAUGGAGCCUUUGCAGCACUGCUGCAGCAGCAACAACAAGAACACCGUCUGCCGUCGGUGACUGCAGCAACAACGGGCGUACAAACGUCCAGCUGCAAUGUCUCCUCAUCAAUAUCGAUGACAAUGUGGUCGGCUUUGGGCCAAAGAUUAAGCGCUUUGGUGUGUCACUGUUGUGAGCGGAAAUUGCCAGAGCCGGAAAAUGUGUAAAACAAUGAUAAUGAUGAUGAUGGAGAAGACAAUGACGAUAAUGAUGACAACAUCAAUAAUGAAGCCAAUAAUAUACAAAUAAAAUAAACAUGAUCCAUUUGCAUUUUUUAGCUAACAUACAGCAAAAAUAAAAUAUCAUCAAGAUCAUUCAUUUUAGCCAACUCCCAAUAGUAGAGUAAAAAAAAGAAUGUAAUACACAUAUUAAAACAAUUUUUAGUCAAUCCUUUUAAAGAAUAAUUUAAAGCCUUUAAAGGAUGAAAAAGUAUAAAAAUAAAAAUAUGAAAAAGUUUUUAGUAAAUCAAACACAAUCCAUUACAAAUUCAAUACAAUCCUAUAAUGUAUGUUGUAAAUAAGUUUUAUUAUAAAUUGUAGUCAAUGUGGUAUUAAAGAAAAUAAUAAUUAAUAUAACUAAACUAAAUAAUCCUAGAUAUUAUGAAAAUUACACAUUUUUUACACACAUAGACACACUCACAUCACAUUUACAAUCUGUAAAAAAACCUCCCAAAAUGUAGUUAUUUUUUAUUGUAGUUUGAAUUUUAUUUGUUUAUAAACAUAAAAUUGUGCAAUUUAUUUAGAUUUAUUUUAGUUUAUGUACAUGUAAAUGUAAUAAGAAGACCAGUCCUUUUUAUUUAGUUUUAAUUUCAUAUUAUUAUUUUUAUUUUUUAUUAAUUUAAUAAAUAAACCUUAUUGCAUUUUUGUGUGUAAGUUAAAUUUAGUAAGAUUUAAAAAAAAAAAGAAAUUAUUCAUAUUGCAACUGAUAUCAAAUCUUAACGAUAUUAAAAAUAAACUUGAAAAGUCCUACAAACAAGUUAAAUUUUUGUGUGAUUUUAUUUUUGGAGAUUUUUAUGAGUUUUUUUUUUUGAAAAUGUGGAAAGAUUUUUUUAAAAAAUCUUUUGAGUUGGAAGAUUGCUGGACAUGUAUUUCUUUCAUUUUUAAUUUUAUUUUUUUUUUUUUUUUGCAAUGUACAGAACCUGCAUUACAUCAAAAAAUUAAAUUCGACUCUGCUAAACAUUACUUAUACCCAGAUUCCUCUAUAUCAGUUACAAACAAGCGCACAAAUUGAAUUUUAGAAAUAUUAAUAAUUUUUUUUAUUUAACAUUUGUUUUUUUAUUUAAUUAUCUUUUUGCAAAGCAUGUUGUUUUAUAAUUUUGUUGUAUAUUUUUUAUAUUUUUAAAACAAAUCAUUGAUUCACAUUUUAUACGGCAAACUAACUGGCUUUUCCGGUGACAACAUGAAAAACCGUAAAACGAAAUUUUAAAUAAAAUAAUUGAAACUUUACUAAUACUUAAUUAAAAAAAAAUUAAAUGAAAAUUUUUACCAAGCUGGAACUUGGUUGCUGUAAAACCUAAAUACCACCUUAAAAAUAAAGUAAUUUUUGUCUCUUUAAUAUUUAAUAAAAAAGGUGUUUAAAAAAAUAUAUAAAUAAUAAAAGUUAUUAAAACGUAUGUGCAAAUCUAAUUAAUUAUUAAAAUAUUAUUAACAAAAAUAAAACAUUAAAUGUCUUUAUUAGAUGUAAAAGUAGUUAGAACAUAAAAACUUUUCGUUUAAAAAGAAAAUA